AUGGGCAGUAGCAGUAGUGCCCAGCUGGUCGUCGUGCAGCGCCUUCUGAAGAGUGUCCUGUCGGCCGCAGGCAAUGUUAUUCGUGGCACCGACUCACAGCGCAAGUUCACAAGCCUAUACACAGAGUUUUGCAUAAGUGCGGUGCGUAGCUUGGCGAGCGUGGAGGAGGCUGUGUACGAACUCACUCACCCAGGCUGUCGCGCCGCUGACGCUGCGGACUGGGAAAUUCAAGGGAUUGACGAUGCCGAUUUCCUUAAACAAGUGGCAGUGUAUGUGGCAACGCAUACCAGUGCCCUCAGCGUGGCGUACCUAGAGCACGUUGGUCAGUCGGCGUUUGAGAAGCUGCAGAAACAGCAACGCAAGCGGGAGCGCUCCGCUACCACUAGCAGCGGCAGUGCUGACGCUUCGAGCCACCGGGCGGCUAAGGCGAGCCGCACGGUCGUCGCCAGGGGCGCCGGCGCUCAAGCGGCCCAUGGCGGUGGCGCCUCCGUUGAUAAGCCUGGCCACUCCCCGUUCGGCUCUCUCGGCCUUGUGGAUGCGCAGGAGACAGUGCGACACGCUUUGCAGGCCAUUGAGAGAGAUAAACAAGCGUCUGCUUCCACUCCCGCUGACGCAGCAGGCGUGUCGCGUCGCGGCCAUCAGGAUAUUGCCACGGCUCAACUGGAGCUGCGCUAUACUGAUGCCCGCCCUUCUGGCGUGUUUUUGUCUAAGGCACCCGGCGGCCUCUCCGCGAUAGGGGCGACGUCUGACGGAACGCCGCUUGACAAUUGCACGAUUGCAUACGAUCUUCGAGAUCCCGAUCUGAAGCUGAGUAGCAUUCCAGAGCUCUCUACCCGUCUGCAGCCAUGGACAAUCCCGCUGCCAUCCAGCGGCGUGUACUUGGACCGAGUGACGAUGGAGCGCGACCGCAGAGGUGGGAACGCAAGCGGCAACGGAACCUGUGUCUCCACCGCCAGGGUGGAACCAACCAAGUCAGCGUUGGAGGUGUGUCUCGCACCGACUCCCAUAGAGUUUCUGCGACAGUGGGAAAUCCGGGAGGCUGCGCUUGCCACGGAGCAGCAGCAGCCUUCGUCAGCACCAGUAUCGGUCUCGGGCCCGUACAGCGUAGCCCCUUACGGUGGUAGCAGCAGCCGUGCUGGUGGGCUGUCGACUGGUGGCAGCCCGCGCCCCACGGCGCCCUUACCAACCCCGCCUCCUUCUGCGCCCUCCAACAGCAGUCCCCUCGGGCACCAUCCGCCCUGCAUACCCGAGUUGGACGCUCGUACCAGCGGCGCCGAUGUCGACCCCACAUUGGUGUUCUCUGACUUUUUUCCAGCGGUGCGGGAUAAGCUGACCACGACGAGCAUGCCAACGUACGUGAUGGCAAAUCUUUCCCACUACGGUGUAUCGAAGAUGGAGCACGUGUACGCAAUGGGGUCGACAAGUAAGUGA